AUGGGUGAACGUAAGUCUGAUGGUCAAUACGAGUCUAAGAGCUCUCGAGUCCAUUAUACUCGAGAAGAAAUCCUAGCAGUUAAAGAAAAUGCGGUUUCUACGGCCGAAUUUUCGGACGAAUUCUCUCGGAUAAAUGCUUCUGUUAUGCGUUCAACUCGCGGAAGGGCUAGACCCAAUUCUUUUUCUAAAACUCAGGGGGGCGAGAAGACUCGAGAUGCUUCCAACAUAGUCCUCGGUCCUCAAAAACGUUCGUGGAACACUGGUUGUCAUGUCUCUCAACAGCCUCAAGGUCGUGAAACGUCAGAUGCGAAUAGUUCUACUCGUUGGCCUAAAUUUAACUCAGAAAGCCGAUCAUACGACAAGCAGCAUUGUAAAGCGACUGGUGAAUACAAAAGAGAGUAUCGAUCCAACGAUAUCCGUGGCUCCGGUCGAGGUCGUGAUCGCGGUUCGGGAAGACAUGCUGAAGGUGUUCCGUUUGUUAAAAACCACUGCAGAGAAGACCGUUACAGUCAUGAUCGUCGACUUUCUUGUUCUCACAGCGACGAUGAACCUGAGUGGUUUGCAGAAGGUCCUACCACGGUUAACGAAACGAUUGAACUUGGAGGAAUUUUAGAAGAAACCGUAGAAUGUGGCUCACCCAGAAAGUGCGUAGGAGUGGAAAAUGAUCUUUCGCAAGUUGAUGAUAGUAUAUUGACAAAUUCAAGCACUAGUACUAAAAACAUCUUUGAUGACAAGGUUUUGGAGGACGAAAUCCAUGCAUUCCCUGAACAAUCAAGCAAAUCCACAACUAGUGUCGUAGACCACGUAACGUCCGAUAAUCAAGGAAGCCGUUUCAAACACCUGUUUCAAAAGAAUGAGAUAUCAGAUGAAAAUAAGCUUCCGAACAAACCCGCUUCUUUAGACAAUAUCAACGAACAGUUACUUAGGUUGCUGAAAGGUUCGUGCGGAAAUUACUCCAGUCAUCUCAGUCCCGAAAAGAACAGUGCUCUUCAAGUUGAAAAUAAGCUUCGCUCGAUUCUACUUGGACAUGGCCCUGUUUAUCCCCCAAAAGUUGGGCCGGUCAAAGAAUCAAAACCAGCAGUACUAACUGUUGAAGAAAUUGAAGCUCAGCUUAAAUUACCUCAGGGAGAUUCAACUGAUAUAAACGAAUCAAUCGACCCAGUUGUUGAUUCUCUUACUCAUCAUUCGGAUCCUUUCAUAGAUGAUCAAGCCAUUAAAUCUCGUGGCAUACCUAUUGGCUCGUCAAAAAACUGUAGCUUGUUUUCUCAGUCAGGAACAACUUCCAACCUGGUGCCUAUUUUGCAAUCGCUGGUGAUCAGAAAACAGCAAAAAUCCGUCUACUCUCAGUCUACAAAUCCGCAAAAUUCACACUCACCAUUUGGACUGGUCCCAAAUUUUAUGGGAGAUGCCACGUCUGCAGGUUCAUAUAUUAGUCGAUUGCAAAACCCAGGUGUCCCCCUUGAUGUACCUUGUGAUGUCGAUCUACCUUCUCAUGGUUCCCUUCGUCAAAUUUGGAAUGGUACAAGAGAUGUUGCUGUUCACCCAAGCCCACAACUGCACCCCUUAGGUUUGUAUCCUGAUGCAUCUAGACUUCAAACUAUUAAAACUCCGGACUCAGGAUUACCUGGAAGGCCUAUAGUUAAGGCUCAACAAAAUGUUCUCUCUGAUUACAACUCAAAUGGACAGGCACCAAACUCCACUUUUAAUAAUACUCAGAGCCAUUUGUCUGUCAAUCCAUCAGUUCACCAAGACUCUAGCCAUCGUCUGCUUGAUAUGAAUGUGAAGCAGUUUUACCUUGGCAGUACUGAGUCCUCAAAUCCAAAUAAUUCUCAUGGAUCUUUACCUUGUUCAAAACAAAACUAUGGAAAUUUAUUCCCGUUCCAACGCUCAAGCCCAUCACUGGCGUCAUCUAUUAAUUGGAAUAAGAAUUCUGCCCAACACCAAGCCAAAGUUAAUGAAUCUCUAA